AUGUCACUGCAAGAUGCUGUUAAACUCGCAGAGCAUCAGGAUGCCUUUGGAGUGGUCCGUAAAGGACAUGCUGCCAGCCCAAGAUUCGCCAUACGUGAACUGGCAUCCGGCUAUUACGUGCAGUCCGGAGUGAAGAGACAAUUUCACAUCAAAGCCCUCAACAGUGUUGCCAAAGAACAAGCCAAAGCCAAAAAUACCGGUGCAUCAUCUGCAGCAAAUCCAGCGAUACCUAAGCAAAGUGUGCGUGCUGCCAAGCAGCAGGCCUUUGUGGCUCAGCUCAGUGCAAUGCAGGUUUUGACGCCAAAGAAAGAUCCACCCAAGCGCAAAGAAACUCAAAACAAGACCGGUUUGACCCAGAUCCAAAAAAGACUGGAGAUGCGGCUCUUUAACACGUCUCACAUGCUUCUUGCAAUGGUUCAUCGCUUGAGUGGCAAGAACUUUGGUGCCCACCGGAAGUCUGGGGAUGCCGUGCAGAGCGGGGUGCCGAAGCCCUAUGCUUGCAAAUUGCCCUACAUCUCGAGCAAACUGCUGUUGACCAACAAAGUGCAGCAGGUUCAUCCAAUGAUGACGUGGUUCGACGCAAAGGUAUCGGCUGAGCUGGCCAAGAUGGGAGCCUUUGCGCUUUUACGGGCAAUUGCUCCUGCAAGACCCGACUUCUGGGAUCCAGCAGGCCUUCCGGCACCUUUGCCCUCUACGACCGUGUGCAUGCCGGAGGCCAAGGAUGGAUUGGGCUUGGCACAAAAAGGUCCUCCGACAGCCUUGCGCUUCGCAGUUCGCUUUCGCACUCUCGCUGCCCUUUCGAAAUCCGCCAAGGAGAUCAAACUUGAAGACACAGCAAAAUUGGACGAUUUAAGUUGUAUCGGUCACUAUGGUCCGAUGAAUUACCUUUGUCAAGGUGCACUUCGUGGACUCCAGCUCACAGCCUUGAAUUCUCAAGCAAAGCAGAUGGAAGGUCGUUUAGUGGCCUGUCAGCCAUGGAUGGGAUCUUUGAGAGCGAACGUGAUCCGGACUUUGCUUGGCACACACGAUUACAACGCUUCACCGCAUGCCAUCUUUGCACUUCUUACCAAGCCAACCAUUGACCCAGAAUAUGCAUACCAUCUUAGUUGCAAUGCAGGCAUCAACAGACCUGCGACCUUGCAAUACUUAAACAUGCUGCAGAUUGAAGCCGAUUAUUUGCAGACACGGUGUGACAUGGGAGCAACACUGUCUCAAGCCUGUUGUCUCAACACGUUGAUUUACAAGGAGUGGAAAGCCUUCAAUGCAGAGAAGAUGGCGCAUAAUCUCGCAGAUCCGACAAUGCUUGGUCGCUGGAGAGUAGAUGGCCUGCUACCCAGCGUUGGAGCCGCGGGUGCCAUUGGUAUUCUCGAGUCGCAAGGGUGGCAGGUAUCGGAGCUUCUUUAUUUCGGUGCACAGCAUUGUGUUUUUACGUCCGAAUCUUGUGGCAAGACCAACCCCCUGCAAUACAAAGUUGCUCAGAACAGCAUCCAGCUUAUUCGUUUCAAGGCCCUCAAUGCUGUAGCUCGCAAGUGGCAAGAAGACGAAUCCAAGUCAAACCGUAACACUGCUGUCAAGACAAGUUCCAGCUCAGUGGGCUCGCAAGGACAAACCGCAUUCCUCAAAAAGUUGGCGCUCGAAGUUACUUCCAUUGAUUUGUUAUCAUCUUCGCCUCGACAGAGAAAGCCUGACGACAAAAGACAAGCUGAAGACAAGACAGGUCAAACACCACCGUCCCGGAAAGUUCGCGAUGCCUCCUACUGCUGGAAAAAGAACGGAAAGGAUGGUAGACUAAUAGCCGUGCAAGCCUGGUAUGCUCGGGGAGGUACUGCCCUCACCAUGUACGGCAUGUAUGGACAAUCAGGUGUCUGGCCGGACGACCUGACCAAAGGUGAGCUUGGUGAGGACGGUGAGCCAGUGCACACAACGGUGCUCCACCAGAUGAAGAACAGUGCGCCUGGUCUUGAUCAGAUCUUGGUGUGGGAUGAGGCGUCCCUGGCACUUUGUGGUGGUACGGCAUGUUCCACUGCAAUGACAAGCUACAACUACUUCUGGGAUCCAGCAGGCCCUCCGGCAUCGACGACCCAUGCUGAUGCUUGCAUACCGGAGGUGGAGAACUGCAUGGCACGCAUUGGAAGCAGACGUUUCCGAUGGAAAAAGAACAGUUGCAGACGAAGUAGCGCUAAAAGAUUGAAGAGAUGGACCUGGAUGCUUCUGCUUACCUUAUUUGCACUGGUCACGCGAUGGCACUUCACUUUGGCUUGGCACUUGUCAAAUGUAGACAGAAACAAAGCCAUUGGCAUCCGCAAUGGAAAUGGCAAGGGAAAAGGCAAAGGCAAGAAGGGUAAGGCAGAACCUAUGUCAUUAGCAAUACCCCUUGAGCAGAGCAGCCAGUCAGAUCCCACCGCUGAAAUCAGGGAAGCUGUAAGUGCUGUUGUCCCAGAGGCAGCAAAACUUCGCAGUCAGAGCUCUUUAGUUCAGGAGGAGUGGGAUGAUCCCAUUGUCCCACAUCAGUCAUUGUCCAAACAGGAUGGCAUAGCACUGGUUCCCCGCAGGGAUUUGGCUGAUGUCAUUGCCCGUGUGGGUUUCACGGCUCACAAAGUUGCUAUCCUUCUGACGGAACCACCAGAAAGACUUGGACUAGCUGGAUAUCACAAAGAAAGAGUUCGUAUCCGCUUGCUUGCAUUAAAUGACGAUGGUGACAGGGUGGAAACUUCUGUGAUGAGAUAUCUGGUACAGAUAGGCUUCGGAGCACACGUUCAGCAGGUCAUGCAAGGAGAUCAAGCCGACAUGUACUUCACCUUACGCAAAAUGACUGGCAAAAUGCCGGAAGCCCUGGGUUGGCCAGCUGGUCAAAAGCCAGCGGCCUUGGUGAUGACUGAGCUGACUAAGCAUAUUCCAGAGGAAGCCAUUUCUGAGGUGCAAACACGUCAUGAUGGAAGUUGUACAUUCUACGUCCACGCUGAUUUUGUGGAUACAAUUCUGCGAGCUUCAGGUCAGGGAAAUUUCUUCGUCAAGGAGUCCACUCCAUCCACUGAAUACCAUUUGCUAUGGCUUGAGGAAGAAGUCAGUCUCGCAGACGCAUUGACAAUGGCCUCGGACAAAGCUUGUUUUGGAGUCGCCAGGAAAGGAGGGGCUGCACGACCCAAGUUGGCACUACGACUUCGCAAUCAGGAGUCAAUGGCUGCUUUCGCGAAGUCAAAUGGUAUUCGUGAUACAUCACAUUGUAUGGCAGAUGGAAGAUCUCCGGCGUGGACAUCACUGUUGGUACAUAUGGACUGCUGGGGCUCCUAG